GGGAGAGAGGAGGAGAGAGGGGGAAAGUGAGCUCACGUUCACACGUUGGAAGAGGCUGGUCCUGCGAUGCCUUUGAAUAUUUCACUUUUCGGCUCUUUCCCAUCAGUCAGCCGCCCGCAUCCAGGCUGAGCGGGAGCUGCUACAGCCAUGGGGAGACCCGAGCUGUAGGAGAUAGUCGAAAUUCCAGCUCUGAAAGCGCAGCUGUUGGGCGCACACCUCGCCGCUCACAACGCACAUCCAUCCCCCUCCCGGCGCAACGUACGCAGCUCCCCAUGGAGAAAGUCCAGGGAGAAAUGGAGAUCGAGAGGUGGGAGAGAAGUGAGGAGAUCUCCGAGGCGGAGAAGAAGGUUAUUCAGGAGACAUGGAGCAGAGUGUACGCCAACUGCGAGGACGUCGGGGUCUCCAUACUCAUCAGGCUUUUUGUCAACUUCCCAUCGGCCAAACAAUACUUCAGCCAGUUCAAGCACAUGGAGGACCCGCUGGAGAUGGAGAGGAGCUUGCAGCUGCGGAAGCACGCCCAGCGAGUCAUGGGUGCCAUCAACUCUGUGGUGGAGAACCUCGACGACCCGGAGAAGGUCUCCUCUGUUCUGGCCCUGGUGGGCAAAGCCCAUGCCCUCAAGCACAAAGUGGAGCCCAUCUACUUUAAGAAGCUCACCGGAGUCAUGCUGGAGGUGAUCGCUGAGGCGUAUGGCAACGACUUCACCCCGGAGGCGCACGGCGCGUGGACCAAGAUGAGGACCCUCAUCUACACCCACGUGACGGCCGCGUACAAAGAGGCAGGCUGGGUUUCCUACCCCAGUGCCACGCUGUGAGAGGACCGUGGGGACAGGCGAGGGGCAGGGAGGGAUGCGACGUGCCAGGAAUCUGCCCUGCUCUGUUCUCGAGGUCUUCGCUCCGUGCGGGGCCGGCCAGUGCUGGUAGAUGCCAAUCCCAAUUGGAUCUCUAUAGGGUUUUCAAAAAAUAUAUCAGUAAGCAAGCCAAAAAAACUAAGAACCACGGGGGUGUGGGUGGGUCAGAGUGAAGCACGGGAUGUGGGCAAGGGGUGCGUUGGUUGUUGGCUCCAUCUCGCUGUCCUGGUCCAUGAUCACCUCCCAAAGCCCAUGCCUUGCCACGCAGCAGUGUGCAGCACUGCUCGCCACUCUGCUUUCCAUGCCUAGCCUCCAGGACAGCCCAGCUUCUUGCUUUUGGGCCGCGAUGCUUAUCAGGACCGCCGCACUUUGCUUUGCCCGCGUUGCUUAUCCUUGCAGGGCAGCCAGCGCAGAGGCUGCAGCACCCAUCGCUCGCUUCAUCCGCAGCUCUCGUGGCUAUUUGUUGCAACCCAUCCCAGGGCUGGAGGGAGCAAGGGGACAGAUGUGCCACUCGUCCCCACUGCAGGAUGGCAGGGUGUCCCUGGGCGCCCUGCACAGCGCUGGGUCCCUGCACCAGGGACAUGCAUGAGGAUGGGCUCGGGUGACACACGUUGUGCCUUGGCCACUGUGUGUCUGUCGGGUGGGGAUGUGGGACCAGAGCCCCUUGCCUGGAGAGAAGGAAUUCAGGAACUGGGACAGGGAAAGGUGAAAGGUCCAUCACAGGAAGGAUGAGGUAUGAAGGGAGGUCUCUGCUCUGUUAAUGCUGACACUGCUUUAUGUAGGGAGUAUUCCUGCUCUCUGGGUCAAACUGGGCUCCUGCAAACAAAGUGCCUGGUAGAAGUCAGUCCGUGUGGUCACGGACCAGCAGUGCUCCCCCCGCCCUGCCUGGGGGCUGCCCAUGCCCUGUGAGGCUGUGGGGCUGUAUGUCUCAUCCUGCCUCAGUGCUGGGGCUGUGGGUGAGUCUGCAGGGUUUUGCUGCCUCAGUUUCCCUUUUGGCUGCAGAAUGGAGUGGAUGGAGGGGCAGCCCUACUGCCUCCUGCACGCAUGUAGGUCAGGCUGGUGGAAGGCUGGGGAUGAUACAUUCCCUAGGAAGCUUUACAUCCUCGUCACCCACUGUUUCCCAAAUGAUCUCUGUGAUUUUUAGAGCUUUGAUGGGGACGAUGCCUGUGAUGGACACCAUAAUGUCCCUGUGGUGACCGCCCCACUCCAAGCAUCCAGCCAGCAGUUCCUGCUUUGCUCACCCACAGCUUUAUAGACAUCCUCUGGGAAUCUUUUGGGUUUUUUUUUCGCUGUUUCGGGUAUGGUGACAUACCCAGCCCUCUUCCAUUGGCCACCCCACUGCCCAGCCAGAAGAGGUAAAGGCAGGAGCUGGUCCUGGGUGUGUGUGAUGAAGUGGAUUGGACUAACUGCUCAGGAUAGAGCCAACAUGUGCUGGGCAGAGGAUUUAGGAAAGGAAGGGGACACAGGGUGACAAGGUGGCCUCAAAGCUGAGCCCACCAGCACUGUUUGCAGCAGCAUCUCAGCUGUGUUCACAGCUGCUCAGUGUCACCAUUGGGCUCAUGCAGAUGGGAGAAACCCAUUCGUUUGGUACUCUCCAUGCUCUGCAGACCUGGGUCGGGUCUCUUAGGGAUGUUACAUCUUCAGACAAAGUCCAUGCAUUAACCUUCAAGGUUAAUAUCCUCCAACGGGCCAUUUUUUAUACGGGGCUGAUUUCUUCUUCCCUUUCUUCCUUUACUUGUUUUCCCCCCAUAACAGCCGUCCCGUGACUGCAUGGUGUGCACUCAUGUGUAUGUAGGGCCGGCUGUUUUUCCAGGCAUAUUUCCUAAACCAAAUCCAGAUGUGUCCAGCUGCUGUCCCUCCCACCCCCGUCAGCCCCACUGCAAACCACUCCAACAGACGCAAACAAAAACAAGUUUAUUUUUAUCAGCUCUGUAGGAUGUGAAAUGGAGGGCGGCUGGGGCAGAGCUUGUGUAGGGAUGUGAUGGAGAUGGAGCGAACACCCCCUCCUCGCCGCCCUCAGCAGAGCAAGAAUUGCUUAAAUCAGGGAAAAACUGUCAGCUGGGGAGAGAUGAAAAUGAGCAGAAAAAGGAGAGGGGGGGGGGGGAAAUAUCAUUCCGGAGCGACAGAGGGAUGAAAAAUGCUGUGGGAAAGAGAGGAAAGGAAGGGUUGGUCCUGGCUCUGAGUGCAGCUCCCCAGCACACGCGUGUGCACGUGUGUCACAGCUGCUCUGUGUCACGGCCCUUUGGGAAGUGUGACGUUGCACCUCCCAUGUGUUCAGAGCUGCUGCUCCAGCAGCAGGGCAGGGACUGGAGCUGUGAUCCAGUGCCCCACUCCAGCAGCAGGAGCAGGACUGGGUGUCCCCAGGGCAGGGUUGGCCUCCAGCAUCACAUCCUGGAUCACCCAGUGGUCCCAAUCUGCAUCCUUCCCCCCACGUUCUGCUUUUGGAUGGAGGUGCGCCCACAGGCAAAGGGAUGGGACAUGGGCUGUGUGUUCCUGCUGGGUACAGGGCAGAGGUCCCCGUUCAUCCCUGUCCCCUUGUAGCUACAGCUGACACGCCAUACGUAUACAUCACACACACCCAGACAAGGAGCCCCAAGGACCCUGUGCCUCCCAAGGUCACCCCAUGGGUUGUGUCCCUGCCCUCAGCCCACCCCAGAGACCAGAGCUCAGCCCCCUCCUACCCAUCUCUGUGCCACCAGCGCCACUCAGGGCCACCGCCGGUGACAGAGGGGCAAGGGAGGAACCCCAUUAACCCAACACGGACCAACUUAGGAAGAGAGGGAUCAAACCACCCGCAUGGUCUGACCGCCCAGCAGACCACGCCGCUCACUCUUCCCAUUGCCAGAGCUGUCUCUACUCGUUAGUUCGUCUCAGCAGUGCCCCACAUGGAGCCGUGGGGUCCGAUGUAGCUCUGUGUCUGUACCGUUAACGAUGCUGCUGCGGAUGCUGUUCAUGUUUGUGUUCCUCGGCGCUUCCGUGCUGGUUUUAUACAUGCCGUCUCGUGUGUACGAUGGAUGUAACUGGUUUUUUUGUUUGUUCGUUUGUUCCUUUUUUCUUUUCUUUGGGGUUUUUUUGUUAUGUUUUGGGUUUUUUUUGUUUUGUUCUCUUUUUUUUGUAGGUUUUUAGUAUGUUUGUAACCAGACAGAAUGGUGUUAUUAAACUGAAACUUGUAUCUUCAGUGGAUAAAUCGAUCAAAGCCC